AAUAACUAGAAUACCUUCAAAAUAUUGUUUCAUAUUUGAAGGCAUGAUGAAAAAAACAUGUUGUCCGCCACUGGGUCUUCGGCAAUGUUCGGAGAUUUUGGCAGCUAUCUUUGGCUGUCAUUUUCACACAGCUUCAUGGGACAGGGUCGACAGAGACUGAAAAUCUGAUGAAUGACUGCACUUGAAUGAGUUGUUAAUGUUUGUCAACAAAAAUAACAAAAUACCGAGCUCACAAUUUUUCAAUCAUAUCAAAAAACUUGAGAGCUCGCUUGAGUGCAUCUCACCCGUGAAUAUAGAUGUUAUUUUCAUGUCACAAGGGAAUAUUUACUUGUAAUAAGCAAGAGAUAUUCAAAUUCUCUCAAGUCAUCUCUACUUUCCCUACUGGUGCUCUGGGGAAAUCCAAACUACUGAGCUACUAUGGAAGAAUUGAAAACAGACAUUCCUGAUGGUAUAAGCGACAAUGUGGAUUCUGAACUUUCCGAAGAUACCACACCUGAAAAUGAACUGGAACCAAUGAAGAAACAGGACCAACCUUUAAAUAUGACUUCAGGUGCUGUACAACUCCGAUCUUGGUUGAAUAAGUCUUUUCGUGUAGAAAUGACCGAUGGAAGAGUACUAAUAGGAAUAUUCUUAUGUACUGAUAGAGAUGCAAACAUAAUAUUAGGUUCCUGCUCAGAGUAUUUACCUUCUGAUGGUAAAGGUGGUUCCUCAAAUGAGGAACCUCGAAUGCUAGGAUUAGUCAUGAUCCCAGGUAAACAUAUUGUUACCAUCCAUAUAGACCCUAGUGAGUAUAACACAGGAAUGAAGGCCCCAUUGAAGGAGGAAUCUGAUCCAGUUGAUGUAACCUAGUUGAAAUGCUAUGAGGCAGCUGUCAAUCAUGUCAGAUUUUUUAUAUUUCAGGUGUCACUUAUUUCAGUUCCUUGUAGAUUACAAUUUCUGUUUUGAAGGCUGUAUGAUUAUUUUAAUGAGUAAGGGUGAUUAAAUUUAACUUCACUGAAGCUGAUCUGAAGUAUCUCAAAUUUCUUGAAAAUCACUUGGAUUAUUCAUGAUAUGUUAACCCCAGCCCCAUUUACAUCAGAAUUAUGGAGAACAUCAUUCAAACAAUUAUUUUCUGAAUAUUUAUUCUUUAUACAACAUAAAAAAAA